AUGUUAUACCGCGGAUUAUUCCAUAAGAUGCUUUCAAGAAGCUGGCAAAAGCAAGCAUCCAAGACAUGGUACCGAUCACCACAUAUUAACAGAAUAGUGGUAUGCCUUGGUGGUGCUAAUCCAUGUGCAUCAGAGACUGCAUUAAGUUAUCAUGUACCUACUAAACAGGAGAGUAUUGAUGAGUCCAAUGACUAUGAGAGACGUUUCAAGAACAUCGCUAGUGAAUACCCUCAACUCGAGACAACAUUCGAUGUCGCUGAAGCGACUAAGGAUAUCAGAGAUACUCUCAUGGAGUACUGUAGUGAAACUGAACCAGAUCUCGUGGCCAUUGGAUCUGGAGGCUCGACACACUACCUCAAGUUGGCAUCAUUAGUGGAGUAUGUAGUGCGAGAAUCUCCAUGUGAUGUCCUAAUCUUACGAGAGAAUGAGGCGGCUUCUACUACUAGUACUCCCAAUGAAUCUGAUGAUGAGGAUAAUGGGGAUGUGGCAGAGUUUGCCGAGGCUGCGAUCAAGUGUGAUGACUCUAAGGCGGUGGUACUACCUGGUGUACAUAACAAUCGUCCCAUGAAGGUGUUGGUAUGUUUUGGGAGCAACAACUGGGAGGAUUCAAUAGAAGCUCUUCGUGCAGCUAUGCGGCUUUGUAGACCUGGAGAUGAGGUCCAAUUAGUGACUACACCAGACUUCUCGGCUGGUGGCAAUGCGGUACAUGUAGUAGCCCCACCACUGGAAGGUACUGCAAGCAUUGAAGAUAUACUUAUGGGUGAUUUGAAGGAGGUCAUGGAUGAACAUAAGGCUGAUGAUGAGUUGAUAUUCUCAGCUAAAGUCCUACAAGCUAGCCCUUUACCUGCUGCAGCAAUGUGUGAGUAUGCUCAGAGAGAGAAUGUUGACAUUAUAGCUACUGGUUAUGGUGGACAUUCUCAUCUCUUCCAUCCUAAUAGCUUUCCGUAA